AUGCCGUCUCUGAAGAAUGUCGAGAGGGCGAUGAAGCUGAUCGAAAGAGACGAGUACAAGGUUUUGGGUCUUACUUUCGGAAACCGCCACGUCCAACCCGGCCAGUACGUCUCCAAGGCUGAUGCGGCGAGCCCACCCCAGCUUUCCUUCCAGAGGCUCAAGGCCUGUGGCACCUAUAUGGCUGUAUGUCUCGAUCUCGACGCUCCUUUUGCCUCCUUUAAUUUCAUGAGUCCCAUUCUCCACUGGAUCCAGCCCGGCCUGCUGCCCGUUCGCACCCAGAGCGGCAAUUACAUUUUGAGAGUCGCCGCGCCGUUCGUAGCUGACUACAUGGGACCUCACCCUCCUCCGCGUGUCGCCCCUCACCGUUAUCUAUUCAUUCUUUUCGAGCAGCCUCCCGGAUUUGAGGUGAAGCAUCACGCCCCUGCCAAGGGAAGAAAGUUCGGAAAGUGGCCGCGCAUGCGCUACAAUCUUGACAAGUGGUCAAAGAAAAUCGGACUCGGCCCGGUGGUGGGUGCCAACUACAUCCUGUGCAACUAG